UUCUUUCCCGUAUGUUCACAUCUCCAUCAAUCUAACCAAAUUUCCACAAAAUAACUGCCUACUAACAACUCAAAAAUUUCCACAGCUCGGAUUUUCACUCAACAAUGGCAGUGAUACUCAAAACAUUUCCUAUAAUGUUUGUGGUAUUUUUGUUUGUCUCCGCCGCCAUUGCUACUCUCCCGCCUCCACCACCAGACCCUUUCUUGACUGCACCGCAUCAAGCUAUGUUUCCUCCGGUCACAACCGGCCCUAGCCGGGACCUUAAAAAACCUAUUCCAGAGUCGCUGAUAGCUUUCUCAGUAGUGGCUGGACUUGCACUUUUCGCUAUAUGUGUGGGAGUGCUCUUUUGUGUGUAUUUUAAAUCAUCUCCACCACCACUUGCUGCUACUGAUGGGAUAGUGGUUGGAAGUUGCACUGCUAAUGCAAACACUCAGAGGAAUGGAAUGGAUGAAACUUGACUUGGAUAUUUAUCAUUAUUAUUAGAAUUCUAAGUUUUUCUAUUAUCACCAUGUAUUAAAUAUUUAUCCAUCAUGAAUUAUCGAAUGAAGAAAUUAUUUAUUAAACUA